ACUUCCAGGUCUAGCAUAUUGCUACAUCGCUGACCCUGAGAGCAUUACCGAGGAAACCAAUCUUUGGACCCUGAGCAGGAAGAAUAUAGUGGACCUCCUACCUGAGCCCCGCCAUCGUUGCCUUCGUUCCUGAAGCCACCGACCUCUCACAGCUGGAACUGCGAGCCAGGCAGGACCCCGGCAGCAGACGGCGCCCAAGAGUUUGCCGACAUCCGUCGGGCCGGGUUGGCGCCCCGCACGUCGUGUUUUUCGCUAGUAAAGUUUCUCUGUGGAAAAGAAGCCCCUCCAGCUUUCUCUUGAUCCUGCAGCGGGCGCGUGCUUUGCUUCUCUCCCCGGUGACUGCGCUCGGAGCCGGGGUUGUGACUUUGCUCCUGUCCCUGGCCUGGCUGCCUUGGGGGCGGAGCUUGGGGAAUUGGAGGAGCCGCCGUGAGAACUCUUGACUGAGCGCGGGUGCGGAGAGACCGCCGGCGAGCAGGCGAGCUAAUAGCCAUAGCCUAGCAUUAGCUAGGGUGCCUGGGCAGUGAACUGGAUCCCCGAAGGGACGCUCAGGCUGCGCCCCCUCUUCUGCCCUGGCUCAGUUCUCAGCUGAUUUGAGAGAGCACACUGGUCGGGGCUCCUCAAGAGGAGCUGCUGAGUGUCGGUGCCCGCGAGAGUGGCUACCCGUCCUGCCUGGGGGGCUGCGACAGGCGGAGCCGCCACGGAAACAGCUGUCCCAUGGUUCUUGACGCGCCUGGAAUUGGACUCCGGACUGGGCGCUAAGAUGCUUGCUUUUGCCUUGUCCAACUUCCACAGCACGUAGUUGACGAUUGGAAUCCUGGGCCAAUCAAGAGUCUAGUUUCAAAGUGGUACUCCUGGGCUCUUCAUCCCAGACUCCAACAAGUCUAAUUUGAGACGAGAAGAGAGCGGUCUCCUGCUCUAACUAGUAGAUCUCCGUUCUGGAAUUGGACUUGACAGCUCUCCUCACCAAUACUUGCACUGCAGUGGCUACAGGGUUCUCUUGGGAGGUGGGGAUGGGAGUGCUCUGAAGACCAGACCACAACACUCAGAACCUCGACAAUGGACCGAGUUUUUGAAAUUCGUGAGGAGCCAAGCGUGGAGCCGAUAUCCUCUCUGGAGGAAGAUGUCAUCCGUGGGACGAACCCCCGAUUUACCUUUCCAUUUGGCAUCCUCUUCUCCACGUUUUUGUACUGUGGGGAGGCAGCAUCUGCCUUGUACAUGGUUAGAAUCUAUCGGAAGAAUAGUGAAACCUACUGGAUGGCAUACACCUUUUCCUUCUUUAUGUUUUCAUCCAUUAUGGUCCAGUUGACCCUCAUUUUUGUCCACAGAGAUCUGGCCAAAGACAAGCCACUAUCAUUGUUUAUGCAUCUAAUCCUCUUGGGACCUGUUAUCAGAUGUUUGGAAGCCAUGAUUAAGUACCUCACACUGUGGAAGAAAGGAGGGCAGGAGGAGCCCUAUGUCAGCCUCACCCGAAAGAAGAUGCUAAUAAAUGGCGAGGAGGUGCUGAUAGAAUGGGAGGUGGGCCACUCCAUCCGGACCCUGGCUAUGCACCGCAGUGCCUACAAACGUAUGUCACAGAUCCAAGCCUUCCUGGGCUCAGUGCCCCAGCUGACCUGUCAGCUCUAUGUGACCCUGAUCUCUGCAGAUGUCCCCCUGGGUAGAGCUGUGCUAAUAGUCUUUUCCCUGAUAUCUGUCACCUAUGGGGCUACCCUCUGCAAUAUGUUGGCUAUCCAGAUCAAGUACGAUGAAUACAAGAUUCGCCUUGGUCCACUAGAAGUCCUGUGCAUCACCAUUUGGCGGACAUUGGAGAUCACCUCCCGCCUCAUGAUUCUCGUGCUCUUUUCAGCCACCUUGAAAUUGAAGGCUGUGCCCUUCUUAUUGCUGAACUUCCUGAUUAUCCUCUUUGAGCCUUGGGUUAAGUUCUGGAGGAGUGGUGCCCAUAUGCCCAAUAACAUUGAGAAAAAUUUCAGCCGACUUGGCACCUUAGUGGUGUUGAUUUCCGUUACCGUUCUCUAUGCUGGCAUCAACUUCUCUUGCUGGUCAGCUUUGCAGUUGAAGUUAGCAGACAGCGACCUUGUUGAGAAAGGUCAGAACUGGGGACAUAUGGGCCUGCACUAUAGUGUGAGAUUGUUAGAGAAUGUGAUCAUGGUCUUGGUUUUUAAGUUCUUUGGAGUGAAAGUGUUACUGAAUUACUGUCAUUCCUUGAUUGCCUUGCAGCUCAUUAUUGCUUAUCUGAUUUCCAUUGGCUUUAUGCUCCUUUUCUUCCAGUACUUGCACCCGUUGCGCUCACUCUUCACCCACAAUGUAGUGGACUAUCUCCACUGUGUCUGCUGCUACCAGCACCCUCGGGGCAGGGUUGAGAACUCGGAGCCAUCCAUUGAUGCUGAAGCAAGGCAAAGCAUUGUCUGAUUCUGUCUUUUGGGUAUUUUGGGAUGGGUUGGGGUUGCCAAGAGCAACUGUGAAAUUGUAGGAGACGAUGAGGCUCAUGGGUGAGUACCCACCAGGACAUUGUUUUGAGUUUUCUGAAAGCCUAUCAGAAGAAAGAGCAGCCCCCAAAUAGAUUUUAUUUCCUUAAGAUUGACUACUAUGUUUGGACACCAAGGUAACCACUGUGUACCUGGGAGGGUCAGAUAUAUCAUUCACAUUCCUCCCACCCAGGUCAGCUGUCUGGCUGUCCUAUGAGAUAACUUACCUCCAUGCACCUAAGGCUCUCUGUGACCUUUAAGCUCUGCUCAUUCGCUUGAGCAUUACUGAGGUUUCUGUGGGCUGAACCGAAUGGCCCAGAAUCCCACCAGAAUAUAUCCUGACUGAUCAGAGGAUGUGCCUGCUUAUCAGCUAUGGGUACCUCCCGGGAAGCAGUCUGACUUAUGUGAAACCUGUAACUGUGAACGUGGCUGGGGUCUUUUAAUUCCAGUGAGAAACACUGAUUAAGAGGAAAACCCCCACUAUUAAAAGAGCUGCUCCUUAAAUGAGUUAGCCAUUAGGACUUUACUAGUGAUCAUUCAUCAAGGAUCUUUCCUUUCAGUGGCCCUUCAAAGGCACACUCUGAGGAGGGAGUACAGAGUGGGUUUCCUUCAAGGCAUAAAGCAGAAUGACUGUCUCAGGGACCUGCAUGGGCCUCCACUGUGCUGAGUGGAGUGGUUGAAUCAAAGCUCUCACUUCAUGCCUCCUUAUCAGGGAUUCCCUCCAACCUGGCUUUUCUGUGCUCGUUGACCAACAUUUGAUGUAUAUCUCAGAGAAGCUGAACUGUAAUUGAAAAUGUUUCUAAUGUGUGGAAGAAAUGAAGAUUGCUUUGUGUUUCCUACUA